UUGUUGUCGAAUAUUACUUCUUAUCAUAUUACAUUAAAAUCAAAUGAGCUGUGCAAUUCGGACUCUAUCGACCAAGGCAGUCUCGGCACAGCCCCAGCUAACACUGGCCCUGCUCAAGCCCGACCUGCUCGCAAACCCGUCCGCAGUACAGCAGAUCAUACACGAGAUAUCAGCAAACCCAGCACUAUCGAUCAUCCACCAGAAAACAGACUUUUGGACGACUGCGCGCGCCACACAAUUCUACAGCGAACACCAGGGCCGUUUCUUCUUUGGCCGCCUGGUCGGCUACAUGACCAGUGGGCCGAUCCUGGCGAUGGCUCUGCGCGGACCGCACGCAAUCGCCGACUGGCGCGCCAUGCUUGGCCUGACACACCCAGUGCGCAUGCGUCUGGCGCAGCCGGCGUCCCUACGUGCGCGUUUCGGCCUGACCGACACCCGCAAUUCGUUUCACGGGUCCGACUCGAUGCAGUCGGCGGAGCGCGAGCUAAGGUUUGUUUUCGGCGACGCAAUGGUCGACCAGUGGCUAGGGUCAGUACGGAAAUGAGUUUUGGUGUGCGAGCGCCGUGUGCUCUUGCCACUCCUCGUAGGACGAGUACGUUUUGCUGCAGUAUGAGCACACGAAGAAUAUCCGGGCGGCGUCCAGGCGCAGCUUUGAGAGAAAUGAAUGGCACAUGUCUAUCGCCAGGGAAGGUUGUAAAGCGAUAUGUAUAAUGAGAAUAAGAAAAAGGGGAA